UCCUCCGGAAGUCAGAAGGAGCCGCUCUCUCCGUUCGUCUCGAUGGUGGCGCGGUCGUCUAGCGUUUAGUCUGGGAGCCCCUCGCCUAGGAGUUGGCGCGCGAAAACAUCCGCUUGGAAGGGAGCUCAUUCUGACUCCAAGGUGACAUCCGUCCUCAAGGGAAAACUGGGUGCCCAGAGAAACUUGUUUGGAGGUUAUGGAUGAUAAGCCCAAUCCUGGAACCCUAAGUGAGAGUUCAGAACCUCUCUUCUCCUUUGGAGUGAUAGCAGAUAUUCAAUAUGCUAAUUUAGAAGACGGCUAUAAUUACCAAGGAAACAGACGGAGAUACUACAGACACAGUCUUCUUCACUUGCAGGGUGCUAUUGAAUACUGGAAUCAAGAAAGCACCCCACCGUGUUGUGUACUUCAGCUUGGAGACAUCAUCGAUGGAUAUAAUGCACAGUAUAAAGCAUCAGAAAGGUCGCUAGAACUUGUUAUGAACACAUUUCAGAGGCUUCGAGUGCCAGUUCAUCACACAUGGGGAAACCAUGAAUUCUAUAACUUCAGCAGAGACUAUUUAACAAACUCUAAACUGAACACAAAGUUUCUAGAAGACCAGAUUGUGCAUCAUCCAGAGACUGUGCCUUCAGGGAGUUACUACGCUUACCACUUUGCACCAUUCCCUAAGUUCCGGUUCAUUUUACUCGAUGCUUAUGACUUGAGUGUCUUGGGCGUGGAUCAGUCUUCUCCAAAAUACCAGCAGUGUCUGAGGAUGCUGAGGGAGCACAAUCCAAAUAUGGAAUUGAAUAGUCCUCAAGGACUUUCUGAGCCUCAGUUUGUCCAGUUUAAUGGAGGAUUCAGCCAAGAACAGCUGAACUGGUUGAAUGAAGUCCUUACAUUCUCUGACACCAACCAAGAAAAGGUGGUGAUCGUGAGCCAUCUUCCCAUUUACCCAGAGGCCUCUGACACUGUGUGCCUGGCCUGGAAUUACAGAGACGCCCUGACAGUCAUUUGGUCUCAUGAGUGUGUGGUGUGUUUCUUCGCCGGUCACACUCACGAUGGCGGCUACUGUGAGGACCCUUUCGGUGUGCACCACGUCAAUCUAGAAGGCGUUAUUGAAACAGCCCCAGACAGCCAGGCUUUUGUUCUGGAGGUCAGACGCCUGAAGUUAUUUUCACUGGGCUGAGAUAAAGAUGUUGUCAGGCCAUGCUCCCUCAGGAGGCUGUACAGGACAGUCUGGUUCCUUGUCUUUCCCAGCUUCUAGAGCUGCAUUUCUUGGUUCCUUGGCUCACGGCCCCUCCUCCAUCUUCAGAGCCAGCAAGGUAGCAUUUUCAAAUCUUUCUUCUUUGUUGUCACGCCACCUUCUCUUCUGUCUGUGUAGUCAGGUCUCCCUCUUAUAAUUGUGAUUACCUUGAGGGCCUACCUGGAUAAUCAGGAUAAUCCCAUCUCAAGAUCCUUAAUUUGAUCACAUCUGUAAAGUCCAUUUUGCUAUAUGAGCUAAUAUCCAUGGGUUCCGGGGUUUAAGGUCUGGAUAUCUCUGAGGGCCGUUAUUCAGCCUAUCACAGCCUAUCACAGAGGAGACUGUAAUGUGCUCCUUGCGUUCACCAGCUUUAUGAAGCAUGUGGACACUGACAACCUUAGAUACAAACGUGUGAAGAGGAACUGGGAACGUGGAGCAGGGGUUUCAUGUUUGGAGGGAUUGGGGUUGGCUUGAAGAAGGAAGAAAAUAUGGUUUCAGUAGGUGUGGAAGUGCAUUUCACGCAGACAGAUUAGCAUAAGCAGCGGCGCCGAAAGCUAUGCUGAGUGUAGGAGAGGCAGGUGAUGCUGUGAGGAUCACCACACGGUUCUAGGGGUGUGGCAAGAAGUAAAGCAGGACAGGACAGGCCACGGCUGUGUGGAGAAGAGCCUUGAACGAUGGGCGCAGAGUUAGAAUUUGACUUGUCACACAGUGAAGAACCCUCGGGUUCCUGGGCUGGGUGACGUGUGGCUAGAUUGUGCUUCAGUCCCGCAGUGGAUAAUGAGACCCUGACGUAGAAGAGGGACAAGGGGAGGAAACAAAGCUGGUGAGAAGACAGGUUUUGAUAACAGAAAUAUGCAACUUACCUAAUAAUACUUAAAUUCAAUUAAACUAUGGAGUUUAAAAGCAAUUUCAGUAAUGUUUUCUAAAGGCAGUACACUACCAAAAGUGAGUUCCUUUAGAUACUUUUGGAGAUUCAAAAGGAACUGUAUAUUCACAGAAUUCAGUGUGAUAAUGGGAGAUGCAGAUAGGAUGAAAGUAUCUUUAUCUUGAACAUUACUUUUUUUAAAAAUUGGAACAUUUCUCUUAAGCAUAGAAUCAAUCAUGGGUAGGUCCUACAUAUAAUUUGCAAAUAAGUCCAUUUCUUCAUGUAUGAUUUUAAUAGUUAUAAAAGCCAUAAAUACCAUGCAAGCUGAAUGUACCCUGGAACAUUGAAAUCCUUUAUAUUUAUUUUAUUGACCCUUAAAAUAAAUUUCACUUUAAUUGCUUUAGUAUCAACUAGAUUUUUUUCCCUUUACCUCAUCUAAACCUUGAUAAAGAAUUGCUGACUGUCUACUGGCCAUUGUGUAAUUGUGUAAAACGAACAAAACACAUGCUUACCUCCUUUAACAAACAUUUAUAGCAUACUUAAUAUUAAGGCUAUAAAAAUAAAGACACAAACUACCAGGCUUGUUUUCACUCUCAUGAUGUAUGAUUGGUGCUAAUAACUUUUUGAGUGAAAUAUUUCUUAAAUCUCAUGAAAUAGUGUCUUGACUACAGAGUUUGAUAGUAGUCUAUGUAAAAAAUUGCCACCCAGAUGCUCUAAAACAGCACUAACAGAAAUAUAAUGUGAGCCACAUAAGUAAUUUAAAUAUUUUAGCAGUCACAUUUUGAAAAGUAAAUAGUAACUGAUAAAAUGAACUUUAAUAAU